AUGCUCAUUGUGUCGAUUUAUGUUGAUGAUAUCAUUUAUACUGGCAGUAGUAUAGAAGAUUUCAAGGUUGAUAUGAUGCAUAAGUAUGAAAUGACAUAUUUGGGUUUGCUGCACCAUUUUCUUGGAAUGGGGGUUAUGCAAACUGAAAGUAGUAUUUUCAUUCAUCAAAAGAAGUAUGCUACUUCCCUACUUAAGAAAUUUGGAUUACAGGAUUGUAAAUGUGUUAGCAUCCCACUUGUUCCAGGUGAUAAACUGAGAACUGAUGAUGAUAGUGGAGCUGUAGAUGUAGCACAGUUCAAAAAAAUUGUUGGCAGUUUGUUGUAUCUUACUGCAACUAGGCCAAAUAUCAUGUAUGCUUCUUGCUUAUUAGCAAGGUUUAUACACUACUUAACUAAUAAGCACUAUGGAACUACUAAAAGGGUGCUGAGGUACAUACAAGGAAUCUUAGACUAUGGUUUGGAGUACAAGAAAGGUCAAGGUGCAAUGUUGUUUGGAUUCUGUGACAGUGACUGGAGUGGAUCCGAAGGUCCUCAAUCAAGCAACAUUGUGUUGAAUUAUCCACGGCUGAAGCAGACUACAUCAGUGCAGCAGAAGCUAUUGCACAAGCAACUUGGUUAA